GAAAGUUCUUGUCGGUUUAGAAACUUCUUGGUCACACAUUUCAAGCGCCCAGCGUAAAUAAGCUGAUUAGUCGGGGGAGAUGGCCGGAGAGACAGAAGAUGAGAUCCCUGAAACCGGAGCUGUCUUCACUUUUGGAAAGAGUAAAUUCGCAGACAAUGCCCCCAGUAAAUUCUGGUUAAAAAAUGAUGUACCUUUGAGAAUUUCCUGUGGAGAUGAGCACACUGCACUAGUAACAGAAAAUGGGAAGCUGUUUAUGUUUGGCAGCAAUAACUGGGGACAGCUGGGCCUCGGUACAAAGACCACUGUGAAUAAACCCACUUGUGUUAAAGCCCUAAAAUCUGAACGCGUGAAGCUCGCAGCCUGUGGAAGAACUCACUCACUUGUUUAUACAUCCCGCGGUAACCUGUAUGCCUCUGGAGGGAAUAAUGAAGGACAGCUUGGUCUUGGUGACUGCGAUGACAGAGCCUCCUUCCACCUGGUGGACUUCUUCAGCAAACAUGGGCCAAUCAAAAUGCUCGCUGCUGGUUCCAAUACAUCUGCUGUCCUGACGGAGGAUGGCAGGCUCUAUAUGUGGGGCGAUAACUCUGAGGGUCAGAUUGGGUUAGGAAAGGAGAGUAACGCACUCACUCCUCGGGAGGUUUCUGUGGGGAAGCGAGUGUCCUGGGUCUCCUGUGGAUAUUAUCAUUCUGCCUUUGUUACCGUGGAUGGGGCCUUGUUCACAUUCGGAGAAAAAGACAGUGGAAAGCUCGGCUUGUCCACAGAGAAGCUGGCCAAUCAUAAAGUGCCUCAACAGGUGACCGGCAUCUCUGAUAAGGUGGUAAAGGUGUCCUGUGGAGGAGGGCACACGGUGGCGCUUACUGAGCACAAGGUGUAUUCGUUUGGCCUGGGUCAGUUUGGACAGCUUGGCCACGGCACAUUCAUAUUUGAGUCUCGUUUACCCAGAGUGGUUGAGCAUUUCAGGAGGGGCAGAGUUAAACAUGUGGAGUGUGGAGAGAACCAUACAGCGUUGAUUACUGACAGUGGCCUUUUGUACACGUUUGGGGAUGGUCGGCAUGGAAAACUGGGACUUGGAGAAGAAAACUUCACCAACCAGUUUAGACCGACCCUGUGUACGAGAUUCCUCAACUGCCAUGUAAAUUCUGUUACUUGUGGUGGGUGUCACAUGCUUGUGUUGGCAAAGCCCAGGGCUGAAAGGUCGGAGGAUUUGAUCCUGGAGGAGGAUGACGUCACAGAGGACUACUUUGAAAAGUCCUGUACUGAACUACUGGGGGACACCCUAAACAGGAGUCUCUCGGCUCGGGUCAGACGCAGAGAACGGGAGCGUUCACCAGAUCAGUUUGGACAAAUGUUUCGAACACUCCCAGUUCUGGGUGGAAAUCAUCUCAGUGCAUCUCUAUCUGUUCCCACCCAGAUCCGUCACUCCCAAAGUAACCAACCUGGAAAGAUCCCUCACAACAGCCUUAAAAGCCCUGGAAAGAGAGAGAAAUCUCUCGAUGACAGAAGCAAUGUGGAGGAUAGCGAGAGCGUAAAAGACCUUGGAGAAACCACUGACUUAUUAAACCUGACUCACAUAAUUAAGUUGGACCCUAGCGAUAAGACCCUCACAUUGUCUCCUAUGGAGAAGAAGAAGGUUAAGGUUGUGAAAGAGCACGGUAAGGAGAAGGGAAAGCAUAGUGAUGGCCACGCCCCUUAUAGUAAGAGGGCGGAGCUUUCAGCUCGCAAAGCUCUUCCCACUGAAUUACUUAGAAGCUCAAGUGGUAGUUCAGUGGUCGGGGACAGUCUUGGGUCAGGGACGCCCCAGAAGUGCCCUAAGAGACAUGGUCAUGAUAAGGAAAAUGUACUUAUCGCUUUGGAGAACAGAAAGCCUGCAUAUCACCAAGCUGGUGGAAGUAACACAGACAUAAGCAGAGCUGGAUCCAAAUCCUCCCUGCCCAAGCACACAGAAUUGAUGAAGUCAAGGGAAAAAGUUAAAAAAGAAUCAACUGGAAAAGCCAAACCAAAUCAAGAGGCCGAAAGCAAGAAGGUUCCUCAAAAAUCAAAAGGAAGUACAAAACCAAACCAAGAGGGAAUAGGUAAAGCAAAACCCAAAGAUCGUUCAUUGGAAGUUAGAAGCCAGCCUCAAAAAGUUGUGGGGAAAGAAAAGGAAGUAAAAAUGAAACCCAUAAUUGUUGUUGAACAUCAUCUAGAACAGACCACACAUAAGGACCAAGACCCAACAGGUAAGAAGAUCUCAAAAGAUGAUUUACCAAAAGCUCAAAGGGUGAAAGGUGAAAAAAAUGCUGCUAAGACAGAAAACAAAACUUUUGUCCCACAGAGUAAAAAGUCAGAUUCAAAAAAAGACUCAAAAAGUAGCAAGACAAUACAAGAGAUCUCCACAACUUCACAACAAUCUUCAUCCCAAGAAGAUGUUUCUACAAAGAAGACAACGAAACCAAGAGCAGAACAAAGCCAAUUUCUAGUAGAAGACAAGUUGAAAAGUACAAAAAAGGGGCCUACCAUUGUCUCCAAAGCUGCCUCCAAAUCUGAAUCGGCGUCAGAAUCUGAGGAAAUUAAGGAAAAUCCUCUCAUCAAGGUGAAAUCUUUUCUCCAAGAUGUGGGAAUGGGAAGUUCUGCUGGUUUACUUGGAGCAUCAGCAGUCAGUCAGUUCCUUUCCCAGUCCACACCACAAAAUAUACCAAAACCUCCUUCAAAACAAAGAACUCUAUCUGAUGUUUCGUCCCUGAGCGAGUCCGAUGAGGUUUCGAGACAGGAGGAGACUAGAGAAGCCAAGAGGACGGCUGUCACCAUCAAUAUGAAGACGGAAUCAGGAACUUCAGAUUUGGAUUUGGAAAGAAGCAGCAUUGAGUCCAAAACCCAGGCUCAUUCUGAAGUGGGAACAUUUAGAAGAAGCGAGGAGGAAUCAGAAGAGGAGGAAAGCAAGGGGUUGGUGAACAGAAGGGAUGAGAGUGAGGAAGUGGAUGACGGUGAGGAGGAAAGUGAGGGCAAGACCCUUGACAAGAGAGCAGACGAUGAUGAUUCUGAGGUUAACGGCGAUACAACGAUCAAAGGUUCUAGUGAGGAUGAGGAAAGUGAGGGCAAGACCCUUAAUAAGGUAGCAGGCGAUGAUGAUUCUGAGGUUGACGCCGAUACAACGAUGAAAGGUUCUAGUGAGGAUGAGGAAAGUGAGAGCAAGACCCUUGACAAGGUUGCAGACGAUGAUGAUUCUGAGAUUGACGGUGAUGCAACGAUCAAAGGUUCUAGUGAGGACGAGGAAAGCGAGGAAGAGGAGGAUAAAAGUAAAAGUGAGGCAACUGAGGAUGUAGAGAGUGAGGCUGAGGAAGGGGAGAGUGAUACAAUGGAAGACAAGGAAGAAGAAACAAGCGAGAUAAGUAGAAAAAGUGAAGAGGAGAGUGGAGAUGAAGAGGACGAAAGCAAAACAAGCAAAGAGGAAGAGACAGAGAGCAAAAAUGAGAGCUCAAAGGAAGAAUCAGAAGAAGAGAAUGAAGAGUCAGAGGUGAAAGAUAGUGAAGACGAGGAAGAAAAUGAUGUGGAAAGUGACAGUGCAGAGGAGGAUAGUGCCGAGGAAGAUGGAGAUAGUGAAAAGACUAGUGAAGAAAAGGAAGAUUCGGAAAAGCUGGAGAGCGAGUCUGAAGAUGAAGGGGAUGAAGAUGGUGAAAAGACAAGUGAAGAAGAGGAGGACGAUUCAGAAAAGCAGGAAAGUGAGACUGAAGAUGAUGAUGAAGGGGAGAGUGAGAGUGAAGCAGAGGAGGAGAGUGAGAAAGUUCAAGUUGGUGAGGAAGAGAGUGAAAGCAAUGAAGAGGAAGCAAUGAGUCAGAAUGAUGAGGAAGAGGAAGAGAGAGAAAAUGAAGAGGAAGAAGAGCGGGAGAGCAAUGAUGAAGAAGAAGGAGAGGAAGAGGAAGAAGAGCAGGAGAGUGAAGAGGAAGAAGAGCAGGAGAGCGAAGACGAAGAAGAACAGGAGAACAAAGAUGAAGAGGAAGAAGGGCAGGAGAGUGAAGAGGAAGAAGAGCAGGAGAGUGAAGAGGAAGAAGAGCAGGAGAGUGAAGAGGAAGAAGAGCAGGAAAGUGAAGAGGAAGAAGAUCAGGAGAGCAAAGACGAAGAGGAAGAAGAGCAGGAGAACAAUGAUGAAGAGGAAGAAGAGCAGGAGAGCAAAGAUGGAGAGGAAGAAGGCAAUGAAGAAGCAGAAGAGGAAGAGUCUGAAGAAAAAGAGGAGGCAGAAGAAGCAGAGGAUGAGGAGGGAGAAGAGGAGGAAGAAGAACAAGAGGAGGAGGAGGAAGAAAAAGCCAAAGCCAAAAGAAAACGUGAAAAAGCCUCUGAAUCCACCAAACAAAAGUCAGGUGUGAAAACAACAAAACAGCCGACAAAAGCCAAACAGGCCCGAGCACAACGCCAGCAGUCAGACGACGAGUCCCAGGAGUCUCAGCAGUUCUGGGAUGAUGUUCUUCCUCAAUACCUCAAUUUAAAAUAAUUCAUCAACCUCUAUCUGCUUUUACUGAGUAUUAUGUAAUGCCUUUUCUUGCUUCUUGCUUUUGUGAUAUACAUUUUAAAUAUUCUUAUUUCCCCAUGGCAUUUUUAUUAAACAUCUUGCUUUACGUUUUUUUUUUUUCUAUUUAUUUAUUUAUGUUUUCAUAAGUAAUGAUAUGCUAAUGCAGUAAUGAAGACCUCAUGAUGUGCCUUAGUACAUAAGUAUGUGGUGGACAGCCAUGUUCGUUUACUAACAAGUGUGCUUGAUUUGCCAAUGACCUUGAAUCAGCACUAUCAGUGACUUCAAAUUCCCACAAAUACAAACAGGGCACAUUUAAAGAUGCCUUUAAGUCAGAACUCUUACAAAAAUGAAAAUGUAAAGUAAAAUGGCAGCUCAUGACUGUAAAAUAUUUGGACAUUUUAUAUCAUUAAGUAGCAUUUAGUUCAAAUGUUGCACUUGUGCUUGUUCUGUGAGUUUUUUGUUACAUUUAAUAGCCAAUAAACUUUUCAUUUAUUUAUAACUAUUUGCAUGUGUUUUAAAAUGAAUACCUGUUUUUUAUACUUGUUUUCCAAUUUAGUAUUUAGUAUGUAUAUAUAAAAAGCACUGAUUUUCCAAACUGUGACUUUUAAAGCUAACAUUUUGUAUGCUUUACAUAAAGAAAACGACGUGAUAUAAAUCUAUCAUGCUGUACUAGAGAGUUUCAGCAGCAUAAUAAGCCAAUUUUAAUUUUAAGCAAAUAAAGAAAGCCAUUUAAGAUAUCUCCAAAUUCAAAGCAGUUGCAAUCAGGCAGAAAACAGAAAAUCCUUCAUUGGACAGGUGAGGCUGGCUUUAUAUUGCACUCCCUCUCUCUGUAGACUUGGUCCUUUUCUAGUCCUCCUAAACAGAUCCCUAGUCAUGUACCCACCUACUUGUGUUUCUUUAUACAUGUAGUUUGUUAGUUCAUUUUCAUUGUAAAAUGAAAAAGACUACCUGACUCACAUUGAACCCUCUCCCGCCAUUCUAGUUUCUUCAACCCUCGUUUUGUGUUUCACGGUCACUCAUUCCAGUCACUGAUUGUCUUUUCUCACUUUUUGCACAACCACCACCGA